AUUCAUUGGUCGAAACCACACAAAAAAAACUGAGAACAAGAAACGACCGCGGCAGCACACCACAAAUUCGUGCCUGCGCCGCGGUGCUCCCCGCUCCCCGAAUCUCCCAGUCGCCGCCGCCGCCGUCGCCACCGUGCAAUCAAACCAUGCAGGCGGCAGCACUUGCGUCGACUCCGGCCAUCUUCUCCUCCGCCUCCGGGCGACCCCGCCUCAGCGCGGCUCCGGCCUUCUUCUCCUCGACCUCCGGGCGGCCCCGCCGCGGCUUUCGCGCCGCCGUCCGGUGCGAGGUCGCCUCCUCCUCCGCGCCGUCGGCGGCUGGUCCCCUGGCUGCCCGGUGGGCCCAGAGGACCGUCGUCAUCCCGCCGCAGCGCCGCGGCUGCCACCUCAUCACCCCAAAGAUUAUAAACGAGAUAAGGAAUGACCUGGCCGAGUUCAAGUGCGGCCUGGCGCAUCUGUUCUUGCAGCACACAAGCGCUUCGCUGACUAUUAAUGAGAACUAUGACUCUGAUGUCCAGGCUGACACUGAAACAUUCCUUAGUCGCAUUGUUCCAGAGGGUCCAUCUGCUCCAUGGAGGCAUACCAUAGAGGGACCUGAUGACAUGCCAGCACAUAUUAAAUCAUCAAUGUUUGGUUGUGCCUUAACGAUUCCUAUCACCGAUGGGCGUCUCAACAUGGGAACUUGGCAGGGUAUAUGGCUUUGUGAACAUCGAGACUACGCUACUCCUCGCAAGAUUGUGAUCACGCUCAGUGGGAUCUAACUAUCUAAGUGAUCGAUGUUAAGAGCUGGAAAUGCAAUACGGCGAUUGCGAUGUGUCUUAAUCAUAUGAUCUGAAAUGUAAAUCUUCGCCUCAAUUGUGAUAUGAGCUCCAGUGGAAAAUCUUAUUUGUAAUAUUAUGUCAGUAUAAGGGAAAUAAAACCUCUUCUUUACUA